CAGCACAGAUUCCAUGUUCAGAUCUCCUUCCCUCCUCCACCACCCAAAACAAACAAAAGGAAAACUUGAUAAAAAAUGAUGAAAAAUAUUAGUAAAAUUACGGCCUCACAUUUUCACACACCCCUAGUUUCCCACCUAAAAAACACAAGCAAACAGUCUCUAGACUGGAGAGAUUCAAACACAAAAUGCCAACUUGGUUUUGGUGCACUGCUAGAAAACAGACUAUACUUCCAGAGCCAUGCCCCAAUCCCAACCAAAAAUUCAUCGACUUUGAUCAGACCUGAUUCCUGCGGGGGCCGAAACGUCGUCGUUCUUGGCAUUACAUUUUAGUUUUUGCAACUUUUGCUCUUGCAGCUGCACAAUAUAUUCUGUUUGGGUGGCAUUGUUGUGGAUCGCAAACUCAAAGUCCAAGGUUCACUCGCUGUCUUUCUCUCUCUGGGGUUUGUAGAACUCGCUCCUUUGCUUUGCGUUGUGUUUGUUUGUGCUCAACCCAGACAUUUGUUCUUCGGGUAAGAAGCUCAUAUUCAUUGUUUGGUACAAGAAAAAUAUUGGGUUCUGGCACCUUCUUGUUUCCUGUACUGAACCUCGAUGGUAAAGCCACUUGAUGCUCAAGUUUGAUCUUUGGUGAAUCUCCUCUCUUUAUCUACAUUGUGUUGGUACAAAGGCGUGUCCUUUUUCAGAGUAACAACAUAAAAAGCUUUUCGUUCUCGGUGCUUCUAUUUUUAAAGCUUGAUGCUAAAGCCUCUUGAAACUGAAGUUUGAUCCAGGACGGCCUAUGAUUUGGUAAAUUAUUUAAGUGGAGGUUUUAGGUAUAAAGGCAAGCGCUUUAAGUAGUUUGAAUUUCUGCUCCUUCUUUUUAAGCCAAAUUGUUAUUCUUUGUACUUAUUUAGUCUAAUUAAAGGAGCUAACUAAAACCCAAGUUUCUUGCUUUAUAUUUGUCUGUUCCCUGACACUGCCAGAGGGUUUAAGGUACGCUACCGGGAAUCGUGGUUCUUCUAGGGGAAAUUUGUGGAUGCUAUUAGGAUUUUGUACCCCACACUUUCCGUAGGGUUAGUCGUAAUUUAUACUUGGAAAUUUACUCAUUGUGGAAGUUAAAGGCACCUUGAAUUAGAUCUGUAUCAACUUUAGGUUAUUUGAUCCUUAAGCAAUGGAACAUGCCGCCACUAAAUCAUCUAAGCCCUUCUCAAACAUAUCCGAAAUUGUCUCCAAAUUUGCAAAACUUUGUAAACUGAGAUCUAUUGGUGUCGGACCCCCUGAAAAUGCUAAUCAGCAGAAAAACCACCCCCACCACCACAACCCCAAAAACAAUACUUCCCCAUUGGGUGAGGAUAGCAGUGACGCUUCUGAGGAGACAAAAUGUGAUAGAGAAAAAGUGCAUCCUCAGCCCAUUGAAGUUUUGAGCAGAAGCAAUGUCAUUGUGUAUGGCGACAGGGAGGUCAUGAUGUUAUUUGACACAGUUUCAGCUCUCAAAUUGGCUUAUGUUCAGCUUCAGGAAGCUCAUAUUCCAUAUAAACCAGAAAAGAUUGUAGCUGCUGAUGAACUUGUUGUGGCCCAGCUUGAAGCACUUCGCAAGAUUAAGCAUGCCUAUAAAGAGAAGCAAUUUACAAAGAAAGCAAAGUUUAAUUCCUCUGGCUCCAGUCAAUUGCAAGUCGAAAUUGAAUUUGGUGAGAGGCUGUUGGAAGACUUAAAGUCUCAAGUCAAGGCUAAAAAUUCUGAGAUUCUUCAUUUGCGACAAGAGCUGCAGGAACUGGAGUUGGGGAAUAAUGGAUUGGUUGAGAAGAUCAGGCAAGUAAGCCUGGAGAAGAAGAAUGCAAGGGUUUUGAGCAUUACCACACUGGAAGAUGCUUUCAAUGCUGCUUCCAAGUCCAUUCAUGAUUUUGCAAAGCCAAUAAUUAGCUUGAUGAAAGCUUCAGGUUGGGAUCUAGAUCUGGCAGCAAAAUCAAUCGCAGGUGCAGUUGUUUAUUCCAAAAGGUCCCACAAGAAGUAUGCAUUUGAAGCGUACAUAGCACGGAGAAUGUUUUAUGGUAUUGGGCUUAAAUCCUAUAGUGUGGAUGCUGUUAUGAGGUUAGAUGAUCCAAUUGAUGCUCUGACAGAAUAUCCAAAUUCUGAAUUUGCGGAAUUCUGUAGAAAAAAGUAUCUAUUAGUAAUCCAUCCAAUGCUGGAAGCAUCAUUCUUUGGAAAUCUUGAUCAUAGGACAUUUGUGUUAAGUGGCAAGCAUCCCAGGACGCCAUUCUACCAAAUAUUUGCAAAAAUGGCAAAGUGGGUCUGGGCCUUUCAAGGCAUUGCAGCUUCAAUAGAUCCCAAAGCAAAGAUGUUUACUGUCGGCAGAGGUAGUUUGUUCUCAGAUGUGCAUAUGGAAUCUGUUGAAGAGGGUAUGGAAGGUGCAGCUGUGGCCGAUGAAAAAUAUGCUAUACCUGUAGUUGGGCUUAUGGUCAUGCCUGGUUUUAAAAUCGGAGAGACAUUAGUGAGGUCUCGGGUGUAUCUUUCGGAUCCGAAAUCAUCGCUUGGUAAAUGCUAGAUGGAGGUGCUUGGACUAACUUCAACUUAGCAGAACCUAUUGACCUCUUGUUUGUAAAAUGUUGAUAAUUAGUUCAAUGUAGUUAUUGAAAACAAAAAAACUCAAGGUAGUUGAAAGCUGUUAUUGUGAUUUUGGGAACUAUAA